CUGUUUGCCAAAGAGCAAAGCCUUGACCGUAUUUGAAAAAUUAAGAACUAAACCCAGACCGUAUACUCAAAUCAAGAAACAAAUUAUAAAAUCAACCAUGUCUACUUCUAACGAUAACUUUACCGCGUGGGCUGGUGUUCAGGGAGGAAAACCUUUUACAAAAAUGGAGUUGAAACUAAAGGAAUGGGAUGCAGAUUCAAUAGAAUUGAAUAUCACUCACUGUGGUUUGUGUGCGUCUGAUGUUCAUGCUUUAGAUGAGGAUUGGUUCCCUUCUGAUUUUCCUUGUGUGUUUGGUCACGAAAUUGUUGGAAUUGUAACCAGAAUUGGUGAAAAUGUUAAGCAUCUCAAGGUGGGAGACCGUGCUGGUGUAGGAGCUCAAUCAGGUUCUUGCCAUCAAUGCGAGGCGUGUCUUGAUGGACAACCAAAUCUCUGUCUAAGGGAUUUCCUUUAUACUUUUGGUUCAAGAUGGCCUAAUGGUGAUAAAACCUAUGGAGGAUUUGCUGAUAAAUGGAGAGGCGAUCAUCGUUUCACAUUUAAAGUGCCUGACGAUAUGACAAGUGAGAUCGCCGCUACUUUUUUCUGUGCUGGUAUCACGACAUUUGCUCCUUUGAGGCGCGCAAACAUUAUUCCCGGAAAAUCGGUAGUGGGAAUAAUGGGAAUUGGAGGUCUUGGUCAUUUUGCAGUUCAAUUUGCAAAGGCGUUAGGUGCUAAAGUAAUUGGAAUAUCUCAUAACAAAACCAAGCGUGAUAUUGCAUUAGAACUUGGUUGUGAUGAUUACAUCAGUGUCAACGACAAAGAGUCCUUUGAUAAAUACAAUAACGGUUUGACUCAUAUUCUUUGCACAGGAACCAGCUCUGAUUUUGCAUGGCACACUUAUUUUGCUCUCUUGAAAAUAAAUGGACACUUUAUCAACGUCUUUUCUCCUACAUGGGACCUUCCAGGCAUGAACUCAUUCACACUGUUUAAUAAGCAAAUCAAAGUAUAUGCUUCUAAAAUUGGAACGCCCAAGGAAAUGGAAGACAUGCUUGCGUUUGCUGCCGAGAAUAAGAUCAAGCCUUGGAUCACAACGUAUAAAAUGGAUGAUGUAAACAAGGCUAUUGAAGACUUUAGAGCUGGAAAAGCUCGAUUCCGGUUCGUCUUGGAAAACUAAACUGGAAUUUCUGUAUCAUAGCAGCACAAAAUACAAUAAUGCAAUAUGAUGCAUUGUAUAUAAAACUUCAAACAGGAUGGACAGUUAUAGGUGCAGUAACUGCUUACUGGAUUCUCCCAACAAUGGAAAAUAAAUAGUUUUUUUUAAGCACAGCUUUA